AUGCGCUGCAGUUGCAGUAUUACCUGUAUAGUAGUAGUCUGGGUACUAGACCGCAUCUAUAUCGACAUCGAAGGCAAGUAUGUCUUCAUCACAGGCUGGGACUCUGGAUUCGGCAACCUGCUCGCCCGCAACCUGGAUCGACGCAGGGGGUGUCACGUGAUCGCAGCCUGCCUUACAGAGGAGGGCGCGGCUAAACUCAAGCGUGUGACGUCAUCGAGGUUGACUACAUUGCAGUUGGAUGUCACAAGCAGUGAGAGUGUUCACAGAGCGCGUGAUGCAGUACAAACGAUCAUACCGGAGGGACAAGAAUUGUGGGGCUUAGUCAAUAAUGCUGGAAUAAUCUCCCCGCUGGGACCGUACCAUUGGCUGAACAGGGAUGACAUUGUGAAAGUCCUGCAGGUCAACCUCGUUGGCGCCAUUGAAGUGACCAACACGCUUUACCCACUCAUCCGCGCCGCUAGAGGGCGUAUUGUCAACGUGUAGCGCGUGGCGCUAUUCCCCUCGUCGGGGACCAUAUACACAGCAUCGAAAGGGCGUACCAGGGUUACAUUCUCUGAUACAGACGCAAUGAAACGCAGACUGAACACCGCCUGGGAGCGGCUACCGCAGGAAGAGAGGGACAGCUUUGGUGGCGAGAUUGCGCGUGAAGCAAUGACGGAUGCUAUGGAGCAUGCGCUCCGUUCCCGGUUCCCAUGGCGACGGUACCUACCAGGACUGGAUGCUAAUUAUUCUACAAACCGAUGUCUCUCCUUCCCGCCUUUUUAG